AUGCCAUCUGGAACUGAAAAUAUUUUUCUGAUAGCGGCAGUAGGAGAAUGCAUAACUGGAAUGUUGGGGAAUGUCUUCAUUGUACUAGUUAACUGCAUUGACUGGGUGAAGAGUCAAAAACUCUUGCCAGCUGACUGCAUCCUUACUUGCCUGGCUGUCUCCAGAAUCGCUCUUCUUUGGAUAACACUAUAUGAUUCAUUUGUAAUAGUGUUAUGGCCACAUCUAUAUGCCAUUGAUAAGACAUCAAAAUUCAUUGCUAUUUUUUGGACACUGUCCAAUCACCUAUCUACCUGGUUUGCCACCUGUCUAAGUGUUUUCUAUCUCUUUAAAAUAGCUAAUUUCUCCUACCCCUGCUUUGCCUGGUUGAGGUGGAGAGUCGGCAGAGUGCUACUUGUGCUUCUCCUGGGGUCUUUGUUCUUACUGGCUUUCAACGUUGUAUUUACAGAUACAUUAAGUGAUUUCUGGACUAGUGUCUAUAAAAUGUGUGAAAGAAACUCAACAUGCUCUCUAGAUGUAAGUAAAACUCGGUAUCUUAACACCUUGAUUGCUUACAGUUGUAUGUAUUUGAUUCCCUUUCUUCUGUCCCUGACUUCACUGCUCCUCUUAUUUCUCUCCUUGAUGAGACAUACCAGGAAUGUACAGCUGAACUCCAGCUCUAGGGACUUCAGCACAGAGGCCCAUAAAAGGGCCAUGAAAAUGGUGAUGUGUUUCCUUCUCCUCUUCAUGCUUCAUGUUUCUUCCAUCCUAUUAACAGGUUGGCUUUUCCUUACACUGGAGAAAUAUAAGGUCAGUUUGUUUGUCAUGUUAGCAUCGACUGUUUUCCCUUCAGUCCACUCAUUUAUCCUCAUUUGGGGAAACAGCAAGCUGAGACAAAUUGGUUUAGGAUUAUUGUGCCGUCUUAGUUCCCACUUGAAAAGGGCAAAACCUUUAGCUUCAUAG